AUGGGAAAUUAAUAAGGAUCAGAUUAUGGAGGUGUAUAUAUUAGAACGGAUAAACCCUUUUAUUUUGCUGGAGAAAUCAUAACAGGUAUGAAGAAAUCUUAAAACUUAGGAAAUAUUUAUUUGAAUAUUUUUAAAGAUGGAUAUCCUGGAGGAGUCGUAUUAUUGAAGGUAUCUGGAAAAGAAAAAUGUCAUUGGACUGAAAGUUAUUCUCAUACCACUACUGGAGCAGAUGGAAAACAAGAACAACAUACCGAGUAUGUGACCUAUUCAGGUUAAACCUAAUUUUAUUAACAUCGAGUCGCAAUAUGGACAUUUAAUACUCCUUGUUUACCAGUUGGGUAAUAUACCUUCCCAUUUUAAUUUUAAUUAUUGUCUCAUUUACCAGGAUCUUAUUUUGAAAAAGGAUCAGAUUUUUAAGCAAAAAUUUCAUAUAGUGUCAAAGCAGAAAUUGAAUCAUAUAAUAAAUCGUAUAAGAACAUUAAACAUUCAUAACCUUUAGUUGUUAGAGAACCAUUGAAGUAGAAUAUGACAGCUUUAAUGGGUUAAAUGGAAGUAAAAGCAUCAACUUGGUGUUGCAUUGACUAAGGAGUAAUUAUUAAAAAUUAUAAAUAGACUUCUUAUAUAAAAUGUGUAUUUGAUAAAAAUCAUUAUCUUCCAGGAGAUACUGCUUAUCUAUGGGCUGAUUUGGAUAAUUCAAAUUGCAAAUUGGAUGUUAAAAGAAUUGAUGCUAGAUUAAUAAAUUAUUUAACAUUAAGAGACAAAACAGGAAGAGAAAAGGUUAUAACAAGGACUAUUGUUUCAUAAUAAAUUCAAGGAAUUGGAGCAGGUGUAAAAGCUGUUGAAAAUGACAGAAAAUAAAUCUAACUAAUUUUACACAAUAAAAAUUCACAAGAUGGAAUUCGUCCCUCAUCUAAUGGUUAAUUAGUUAGAUCAGUAUAUAGAUUAUAAGUUUAAGCACUUCUUUCUGGUAAAUUAAUAGUUUCUAAAAUUUAGGCUGUACAUGUUGUAACAAGCAUCCAACUGUAGAUGUUCCUAUUGAAAUAGUUGCUCCUGUGCCUUAAGUUUAUAAUUAACCUAUGGCUCAACCUUCUAACUGGAAUCCUUAAGUAUUCCAACCUUAAAUUGUACAAUUUACUGAUAGCACCAUGUAUUUGAAAGAUCAGAAUUAAUAAUCAAACUAUAAUUAUCCUUAAGUUCCAUUAGCUCCACCAUAACCUCCUAAUUAAUUUGGAUAAAUGCAGUAGCCAAUGAAUUGA